AGAAAUGAACUAGAGAGAGAAUGAAUUCACACGGUGCCAUUUUUAAGAUUAGACUUCAGUCCUACGUUCCUGUUCUUUGUUGGUGGGCAAGCCACAAGCAACUCUGACCUCAGUUUUGCUACCACAGUAGAUGCACACCUGGAUUAACAAAGGACAGAAUGCGCUACUUAGCACGUCUCAUUUUUUGGGCAGUGUCUGUUCACCCCACCCCCAUCCUGUUCAACUUCAAUGUCAGAAGGAAAUGAAGCCACAAUGUGAACAAAAAGAGUUAUAACAUUUUUUGUCUCCUGCUUCCUUCCUCCCUCUUCACUGUCCUCCCCACAUAGAGCUACUCCACCCCACUCUGGCUGUAGUGUGACAUUCCUGCCUGCCUGAGGAAGAAAUGGUGAGCAGGAGCUGCAAUUGCAGACAAGUGUCACCCAGAAGCCACAAGUUUCUGUGAGCACCAGGUCUACAAACUACCCAAGGCAUAGCAAUGGCAUUAUCACUGGAAGAAUUCGUCCACUCCCUUGACCUCAGGACCCUACCCAGGGUUCUAGAAAUCCAGGCAGGCAUCUAUUUUGAAGGCUCUAUUUAUGAAAUGUUUGGAAAUGAAUGCUGUUUUUCAACAGGAGAAGUGAUUAAAAUUACUGGUCUCAAAAUUAAGAAGAUCAUAGCUGAAAUUUGUGAGCAGAUUGAAGGUUGUGAGUCUCUACAGCCAUUUGAACUGCCUAUGAAUUUUCCAGGUCUUUUUAAGAUUGUGGCUGAUAAAACUCCAUACCUUACCAUGGAAGAAAUCACAAGGACCAUUCAUAUUGGACCAAGUAGACUAGGGCAUCCUUGCUUCUAUCAUCAGAAGGAUAUAAAACUAGAGAACCUCAUCAUAAAGCAGGGUGAGCAAAUCAUGCUCAACUCGGUUGAAGAGAUUGAUGGAGAAAUAAUGGUGAGCUGUGCAGUAGUAAGGAAUCAUCAAAAUCACUCAUUUAAUUUGCCUUUGUCACAAGAAGGAGAAUUCUACGAGUGUGAAGAUGAACGUAUUUAUACUCUAAAGGAGAUUGUUGAAUGGAAGAUUCCUAAGAACAGAACAAGAACUGUAAAACUUACAGAUUUUUCAAAUAAGUGGGACUCAAUGAAUCCAUUUCCUAAAGACUUUUAUGGUACCCUGAUUCUCAAGCCUGUUUAUGAAAUUCAAGGUGUGAUGAAAUUUCGUAAAGAUAUAAUCCGCAUCCUCCCCAGUCUAGAUGUCGAAGUCAAAGACAUCACUGAUUCUUACGAUGCUAACUGGUUUCUUCAGCUGUUAUCAACAGAAGAUCUUUUUGAAAUGACUAGUAAAGAGUUCCCCAUAGUGACUGAAGUCAUAGAAGCACCUCAAGGAAAUCACCUGCCCCAAAGCAUUUUACAGCCUGGGAAAACCAUUGUGAUCCACAAAAAGUACCUGGCAUCAAGAAUCUUAGCUUCAGAAAUUAGAAGCAAUUUUCCUAAAAGACACUUCUUGAUCCCCACUAGCUAUAAAGGCAAGUUCAAGCGGCGACCGAGGGAGUUCCCAACAGCCUAUGACCUAGAGAUCGCUAAGAGUGAAAAGGAGCCUCUUCACGUGGUGGCCACCAAAGCCUUUCAUUCCCCUCAUGACAAGCUGUCAUCCGUAUCUGUUGGGGACCAGUUUCUGGUACAUCAGUCAGAGACCACUGAAGUCCUCUGUGAGGGAAUAAAAAAAGUGGUGAAUGUUCUGGCCUGUGAAAAAAUCCUCAAAAAGUCCUAUGAGGCAGCGCUGCUCCCUUUGUACAUGGAAGGAGGUUUUGUAGAGGUGAUUCAUGAUAAGAAACAGUACCCGAUUUCUGAGCUCUGUAAGCAGUUCCGCUUGCCCUUCAAUGUAAAGGUGUCUGUCAGGGAUCUUUCCAUUGAAGAGGACGUGUUGGCUGCCACACCAGGACUGCAGUUGGAGGAGGACAUCACAGACUCUUACCUACUCAUAAGUGACUUUGCCAACCCCACGGAGUGCUGGGAAAUUCCUGUGGGCCGCUUGAAUAUGACUGUUCAGUUAGUUAGUAAUUUCUCUAGGGAUACAGGACCAUUUCUAGUCAGGACUCUGGUAGAAGAGAUCACUGAAGAGCAAUAUUACAUGAUGCGGAGAUAUGAAAGCUCAGCCUCACAUCCCCCACCUCGCCCUCCCAAACACCCCUCAGUAGAAGAAACAAAGUUAACCCUGCUAACCUUAGCAGAAGAAAGGACGGUGGACCUGCCCAAGUCUCCCAAGGCUGGAGUGCAAUGGCACCAUCUUGGCUCACUGCCACCUCUGCCUCCCAGGUUCAAGCAAUUCUCUGUCUCAGCCUCCCAAGUAGCUGGGAUUACAGGCACCCGCCACCAAGUCCGGCGUCAUCACGUAGACAUAACCAAGAAACCUCACCCAAAUCAAGCUGGCCUGGAUUCAAAAGUACUGGUUGGUAGUCAGAAUGAUUUGGUGAAUGAAGAGAAAGAAAGGCGCAACCGUGGGGCCACAGCAGUAGCAGAAACAUUCAAAAAUGAAAAACAUCAAAAAUAACAAGAUGUGACAGAAGCCACUUAGGCAGCAAACAUAAAUGUUGCAGUGAAAAAAGAAGCUAGCCUUCUAGCUGAAAAACAAGUAUUCCCCAAUGGACUCCAGAAGAAACUUGACUCAUCGCUGCAAAGGAGAGAACAACCUUAAAACUUUUAACAGAUAAAACUUACAGAAACCUACGAUAUAGAAUUCAUAUAGUCUAUUAUGUUGUGUCUAAAUCUGUAGGUAUUGUUUUGUUGUUCUUUAGGACAUAUUUAUUUAACUUGUACAUUUUUUCAGGUUCUUAUUUCUACUACCAGCAACUAAGUAAUUGAGAAAUAAUUCUGUAUUUCAGUUUCUGAGUAAAACCAGUCUGAAAUAGGAUAAAAGCCCACCAAAUACUUUCUUUUUUUUCCAGAAUUUGUUUUGCCAUAUUUUAGUGCUAUCAUCAUUCCUAAGAAGACUAACUUACAGAAAAAUAAUUAUAUCUGAGUGAUUUAAAAUGUCCAGGUUUCUUAUCCAAAUCCCUUGGAACUAUGGAAAAGAGUCUGACUUCACAUUCACAGUGUAUUUACAAAAUACACUGUGUCAUAAAUAUGUUUGAAUUCCAACAGUCAAAGCCAUUGAGAGUCAUAGGAAUUUUCCGCAACCUUCUCUUCUAUGACCCAACAACAAGUUCAUGACUGAAAUUUCACCAGAUUUCUGAGACAAUGCCUUAAUAUUCUAUGUACUAUAUAGCAGAUAAUUCUUUAGAUGAAUGUUUCUUAGGAUUGUAGGAAAAUUAUCUAGUUAAUCAUAAUAUUUGAUGGAAAGAAAAAGACAAUAAAAUUGUAAUGAGAUAUAAUAAAUUUGGCUGACAAUAAACCAAAGUGAUUCUUAAUUAGUAUACAUUAGAAUGAUGCUCUUAUAGUUGUAUCAUCUAUCAAAAUUACUUUAAGGGCUCUCACAUUUUAAUAAUUUAUCUCAUUAUGUAUUAAGUAUACAGGAACAACAUUAUUUUUCCUCUAACAAAAUGAAGAGACAGGCUAUCUGGUUAAUGUUACAUAGGAAUUUGAUAGUAACACUUGAACUUCAUCCAUAGAUCAUACUCUGUACAAAAUCUGUUAGCUAACAUCCUAUCUCAUAAUUAUUUUAUGUUAUGUGGAGAAAUUUGUUGAUUUUGUACCAAAGUGUUUCUGAAGACAAUAAAUUGUGAGUCAACUUUAGAACAAAAAAGUUACACUUAGAGUCUUUUCAAUGUUUAUAUUCUGAUUAAGCUUACUUUACCUUACAUUUUUUCUAAGUAACAAUGAAUCUUGAUUUCUAAUGUGCUAAAAAUUGCUUAGUGAUUUGAUUGUGGUAAUAUCAUUUCUUAUCUACAAUGUCUAAAAUUUUAUGGGACAGUUUUUCUUUUAUUUAUUUUGCCUGUUUGUGCAGAUAAGAACAGAAACUUUUCUAAGACCCACAUUUGGUUAUUGAAGGCCACAGCAAAUCUUAACCUAACAGCCUUGGCAAACUGCACCGCAGGUGUUUUUAGAAUCAUAUAAUUUGUUAUUUUUCAAAUAGUAGUGAAUAAUUAAUAUUUUUGUUUGGAAUUUGAGAACAAUUAAAUUUGUACUUUCAGUAAGUACCAUUCUUUGAUUAGAAAAUUAAGAGAAUGCAUAUCUUACUUUGGUUGUAAAUCAUCAAGGGCUUUCUGAUAGAAAUCAUAUAUAACAUUUCUAAAUAUAAGUCCUUUCACAUACUGCAUUUCCAGUUGUCAUGAUAUUGAAAAGUGCUCACCUAUUGGAGAUUUGGGAAGGUUGAAAAUAAACUUCCUAAUUUUUAUUUGUA